AUGGCCCAGCCGGACCCCGGUUUGCCCCACGUCAGACUGACCCAGCCGGACCCCGGUUUGCCCCACCUCAGUCUGACCCAGCCGGACCCCAGUUUGCCUCAUCUGUCUGACCCAGCCGCACCCCGGUUUGCCCCACCUCAGACUGACCCAGCCGCACCCCGGUUUGCUCCACCUCAGACUGACCCAGCUGCACCCCGGUUUGCCCCACCUCAGACUGACCCAGCCGGACCCCGGUUUGCCCCACCUCAGACUGACCCAGCCGGACCCCGGUUUGCCCCACCUCAAAAUGGCCCAGCCGCACCCCGGUUUGCUCCACGUCAGACUGACCCAGCCGCACCCCGGUUUGCCCCACGUCAGACUGACCCAGCCGCACCCCGGUUUGCCCAUCAGACUGACCCAGCCGCACCCCGGUUUGCCCCACGUCACAAUGGGCCAGCCGCACCCCGGUUUGCCCCACGUCAGACUGACCCAGCCGCACCCCGGUUUGCCCCACGUCAGACUGACCCAGCCGCACCCCGGUUUGCCCCACGUCAGACUGACUCAGCCGCACCCCGGUUUGCCCCACGUCAGACUGACCCAGCCGCACCCCGGUUUGCCCCACGUCAGACUGACCCAGCCGCACCCCGGUUUGCCCCACGUCACAAUGGCCGUAUUCUCUUUCAAACGAGUGGCCAACAACCGCCAGAUGGCUCUGAAAAACAGGGGCGCGGGCACGACCGCGACCACAGCCGAGAGCGCCGCUCCGGUCCCCGAGCUCCCGGCUAUCAUCACUGA